AAUAAUAGAGAAUUUCUAAUGCGUUUUCUAAAUGAAAAAAAGCGUCGAAGUUACAAAUGCUUUGAUUCAUUUAACUGAUAGACAGGUAUACCUCUUUUACUUCAAAAUUCUUUUUGUAUUUAUGAACGUUAAUGAACAAUUAAAAUCAAUAGAUUUAACAAAGUACUUGCAAUAUGACACCUGGACAUACGAUAAAACACACUAUUAUCCCAAUGAAAGCGGAUCUUUUGUUUUAGAGCUAUUGUCAAAGACUUCUUUUUGAUUAUACAAAUCACUAUAGACAUUGUUACUGAAAUCUCGCAUGUUACUUCAGUACAUUAAUGUAUAGAUAAACGGAUCUUUAAAAAUAAUUAUCUGCGAGAUAUUUGCAUUUAUAAUAAUCAGUGAAUUAAGGUGCGGGUUUUCAAAUUGACAUGUACUUAUGAUACCGAGAAACCUGGGUAAACAGAAUGGGUGCACGUUUUAGCAGCAAAAAGAGGCCAGAAAAACAGAAAAGACCACGACAAUACGGAAAAGUUAACAACUAUCUACUUGAGCCAACUAGAAAAAGACCAAGAACAUCAAAAAGUUUAAGGGAUGCGAAAUUUAUAGCAACACUUGGCCAGCAAGGACGAAGCGCCACCAUGUUUGAACUAAACAAAGAAAAAGAAAAACCUGUCAUUCAAACAAUACCAAGGUGGCAAAGUAAAUGGGAAAUUGACAUGAGACCCGACCCAAGUAAAGAUCAUAUAAACACCUUGCAGACCUGGAAGAGUAUGCCACUACCUACAACAGAACGAGCAAGUGCUGAAAGUAAAGCCUCACCACUCAACAGGUCGAUUCACAGUCGCAAAAGUAAGAAAAGCAGAACACGAGAGAAAAGAGGAACAUUGGGUAGAUUGUCGUCUGGUGCACUGCCCCCUGUGGAAGACACGGAAAAAAUCGAUAUACAGAGUGUUGCUUCAUACAGAGUUGAUGACUUUAAAAUGCUACACAAGACGGACGACAGAACACAAAGUCUAUUAGAUUUAACAGCAAGGCUCUGGCAUAUUGAGCCAAAGAAACACAACAAGUCCUGGUUCCUAGGUCCUGACAGCAAGAACGUACCUGAGCCUACAGUUAGUUUUGAAAAUAUGCCAAGACAGUCUAAACCAUUCACUACUUUUGUUAAUUUAGUCAGACCUCUCGCAAGAAUUGAGCACAACUUGAAUAAGCAUGAAAAUACAGUUGCGAAGCACGAAACAAUAAUCGAAGAGGAAUAACUCUUGCAAACAACAAAUACUUAUUUUGAGGUCGGAUUGAAUCAUUUCGCUUUACUUGUAUUAUCUAUUCGUAAGAGACAAUUUUGUUGCAAAAUAUUUUUCAAUUUUAGUUUUAAAAUCAUUCCAGUAUUUAACAUUUCCCUGAUUACUAGUAUAAAUGUCACGUGAUCGGGAGAAAGCAUAAACACGUAAAAUUCCUCUUCCAAAGAUGAUUUUCUGUUUAAGUUUUUUUUUUUGUUUUGUUUUGAUUGUUUUGUUUUCGCAAAAAAAGUUAUAUACUUUAUAAAAAUUGCAUUUUACAUUGAUUGCUACUUC